AUGGCUGCCGAAGUUGUGGCGGCAAUUGGCGGGGGAGUGACGGGCGCGGGUGCGAGCCUUGAGGCUCUGGCCGCACGGACGGAAGAGGUCAAGGCCAAGGUCUACGCUACGGUCAAUGCACACUACGCCGAGUUUGUGACGACGCUCAACUACACCGCUGAUCUCUCGGCUGAUGUGGCUGAGCUUGCUGCUGUUGUGGCCGAUUUGCAGCGAGUGGUAGGUGCAGAGACUGGCGCGCCCGGGCCCGACGACGGCGCCGCCGCCCUCGCUGCAGCUCACGGUGCAGCCCGCGGCGCGUCGGACGAAGUCGCUGCUGCUGCUGCCAUGGUCGACGUCCUCGAGACGCUAGCCGCCGCUCAUGCUCUCCUCGAAAGCCUUGACUCAGCCCUCGCCGCCGGCAACUACGCCGACGCCGCCGAGGCCUCUGCCGCGCUCGGUGUGCUCAUGGACCGGGUCCGCCUCGAGUCGGGCGUCCUCGUCGACGCGCGCAUCUUUGCCAUCCUCGAGGCCCACUACCUCCGGCUGGCGGUCAAGCUCGAGGCACGUGUUGCCGAGCUCUUUAAGCGCGGCGUCCGCUUCGACGACCCACAGGCGCUGAGCGCCGGCAAGACGCCGUCGUUGCACGCAGUCACCCUCACCCGCCGGCUGGCGCCCAUCGCCUCGGCCUCGGGCUCGGACGCGCCGGUUGCACUCUCAGCCGUUCUCGACGCUCUCGCCACUCUCGACGCAUUUGACGACAAGCUCGAGUGGGUGGCAAACAAGCUGUUUGAGACCAUUCUCGAUCCGCUGCUGGCAAACCCGACAACGUUUACGGUCACGGCCAAGAUCAGCGGCGUGAUGGCCAACCUUCGCGGCAUGCUAGAGCCGGCCGCUGUCGAUGCUGAUGGUGAUGCCGACGCUGAUGCCGACGCCGCGCCAACCUCGGCGCUCGACACAGUCACCGCCCUCAUUGCCGCCCUCAAGGAAGCCAUCGACUUUAUCUCGCAGGCGCUCUUCGGCAACAACCUCGGGUACAUGGCGCGGAUGGGCAAGUUUGUCUGGCCGCGGCUAGUCCAGGGCAUCAUUGCCUCUGUCCUUGCGCCGGCAGUCCCUUCAUCGACGGAGGAGCUCACGGUCUUUGACGACGUGGCGGUCGCUGUCGAAGCCUUUGAGCUCUUUGUCCUCAACAAGGGUCUGGUGGCGAGUGCCACGUCGGAACUUCGCGACUACGUCCGCAACAUCGACACACACUUUGCCGCCAACAAGCGCCGCGAGCUGGUGGUCAUGGCGCGGGAGCUGCUGCUCUCGCUGGACCGCAACACCGUGGUGGUGGCGUUUGAGGAGGAGCGCUCGCCAUUCCACGCCCAGGUCAAGGGUGCGGCGCCAGCUGCGUCCAAGAAGGGCGGCAAGGGCGGAAAGGGCGGUGCAGGUGUCGGUGGCUCAGGCCUGAUCGUCAUGCCCUCGUGCCACGUCUCGUGCUCGACUCAGACGCUGGUGGCCAUGGCGUGGCAAACUCUCGACGAGGCUGUGGGCGCGUCGCCAACAACGGCACGGCAGCUUGCGGCUGGCGCGCGCGACCUCUUCGACCUCUUUCGCGCACUCAUGCCCACCUACCACGCGUCGCGCCUGGAAAACGACGAGACCUUUGCCGCCCUCUUCCACAACGACUGCAUGUACCUCGCGCACCACUGUCUCCUGCUCUCGUUCGAGUUUGCGCCCAAGCUCGCAGAGGCCACGGGCUCGCACGUCUCCACCUUUGUCGACCUUGUCCCGCUCUUCCGCUCGCUCGGCGAGUCGGUCUACGCCGCAGCCGUCAUGCGCGCGCGCAAGCGCGUGGCCGCGGCGCUCGGGCAGGUCGACGGAUUCGGUGGCACCCACCUCGACGAUAAGUUUGACGCUGUUGAAGGCGCACUCCAGUCGGUCGUCCACGUCCUGCAGGACGCCGCCACCAUCUGGGCCGUCUUCCCGCGCCAGCUCUACCUCCACACUGUCGGUGUCCUUGUUGAAGCCGUCCUCUCCAAGGUCACCUCAGGCGUUCUCACUCUCCGCGACAUUGCCGCUGCUGAGUCGUACCAGCUUGUUGCCCUCAUGGCCUCGCUCGCCGCCCCGCUCCCGCAUCUGUUUGUCCACGGCGGCGAGGCGGCGCCGGCCGCAAAGUACGUCCCGGCCCUCACACGGUUCUCAGCUCUGCAGACCUUCCUGGGCAUGGACCUUGACGCCAUCACCCUCGAUGCCAUGCCCGGCUUCUCGCGCCAUGAAGUUCAGCACCUCAUCCGCGCCCUGUUCUCGGAUACCCCGCGUCGCACUGCCAAGCUCCAGCAGCUUGCGCAGGCAUGAUCUCGCCUCGGCUCACCUUGCUAAAUGAUGUAACCUCUGUC